AUGAACAACCUGACCUCGAGAGAUGCCUACAAUCCCGCAGGAGAGAUAUCAGGCGGUGGGAACCCGGACGAUGUCUUUGCCAGCUAUAUCCGAGAGGUCUACCUAGGACCAUACGUCGGGACAUGGCUUGAGCUCCUAGAACAGGGCUAUUGCCUACAUCUGCUCGUACGUUAUUACAACAAGCCUGCGCCUCGCUAUGAGCGCCUAGCAAUCGGGUUCGCCAGCGCGGUCGGCUUAUACUUGUCGAUCAGCCAUUCCCAGAUGUUGCUCGAGUUCGUAGAGAACGAGUUAUUCCGUCUCAAUUCGUUAGCCAACAUGCACUGGCAACUAUUCUCAACAAACUUCGUCGGCGGUAUAGUCCUCUGUAUCGUCCAAUGCCUCUACGCACACCGGAUGGUUCAGAUCACCCGGGAUCAAGGUCGACGGAGGAUAUUCAUUCGGAUCGGGUUGGGGGUGGCGAUUGCGCUUUGUCUAACUUGCAAUACCAUUGCGUUGUACACUCAGGCGGAAAUGCCGAGGUUGACCUCGAUCUUCGAUCCAAAGGUUGCCACCCUCAGCGCCUACUUUGAAAGGACCAAACCUUGGAUCAUCCUGUCUUAUGUCGGGAACAUCGCUGUCGACAGUUUGAUUUGCGUGGGAAGCGUCUGGACCAUGGUGAAUAACACGGCACGCACAUCAGAACGACCCGUCGAGACCAAGAACGCCAUCCGAGAAUAUAUCACCAUCUCCGCUAAAUCCAUGUUGUUCCCGACGCUAUGCAGCGCAACCUCGAUCGGAUUACAUACGUACAAGAUCUCCGGGUGCUACGACGCCAUCGCCGUCUAUUCGAUCUCGAAGCUGUCCCUCAUCUCGAUUUUGCACCUGACCCUCGCCCGAGAACGUAUGCGAGGCCAGCUCAACGACACCGGCGUGAUAGAUCCGCAAAAAGUGACGAUGCACGUCGAGACCCAGGUGGUGUACGAGAGGGGGUCCGACUACCCCUUGACCAAGCUCCGCCAUCCCGGGCUUCGGUGUCCGAGCGACACCGACCUGAGCUCGAUGGCGAGUCCUGGGGCCAGCGAAAGGUUCAAGGCGGAUGGCGAGAUGGACUCGUUGCACGGGAGUGGUGCCAAGUUGUUCUGGUCUGACCGGUAG